AUGUCGAGUAGCGGUUCGGGCUCUUCCUCGCGGAAGGAGUUCGAUGUGAAGCAGAUCCUGAGGAUCCGAUGGAGGUGGUUCGGUCACCCCGCGGUGCCUCCGCCUCACUCCCCGCCGCUAGGAGACUACUUCGCCGGGAGGAGAACGGGCGGCAGCUCCGGAGACGGACCUUCAGUUAGCGGCAGUAGCAACUCGAAUUCGGCCGGUGUAAACCCCAGCGCGGGGGGUCACAGCGGGCUGGUGGCCAGCGGUAGCGCCGGGUCUAACCUGUGUAACGGCAGCAGCAGAAAGUUUGCUGAUCCGGCGGGGAGUCGGGGCGGACCGGGAGGAGCGGCAGCUGGAGCGACGGGGAGCUCCUGUCCCCGCUCCUUCAGCCAGCCGGAGUGCAGAAGUUCUGCCGCGGCGUUGUCGUGGGUCUCCCCGCCGCCUCACCGUCGCUCCCGCCCGUUGACGAGCAUGGAGCCCCCCGGCGAGGCCCCGGUGCCCCAGCUGGCACCUGAGCCCUCCGCUCAUGCCGGGGCGGAGGUGGAGGAGGCGGCGGCGGCGGCGGCGGCAGCGGGCAGCGAAGAGAACAACAACCACCCAGAAACAGACUCCAGCUCCUGCAGGACGUCAAACAGCAGCGCCACGCUGUCCUCGUGCGUUUCGAUGGAGCCUUGCGCGUGUCCAGAGGACUGUAUGUUCACCGCUCUGUCUCACGCCGAUGUCACCUUCCGCAAGAUGGAGGGUUACCUGCGGACCAGACAGCUGUGUGAUGUCAUACUGGUGGCUGGAGAGAGACGGAUACCUGCACACAGGCUGGUCCUUUCAUCAGUGUCAGACUACUUUGCGGCCAUGUUCACCAGUGAUGUGCGGGAGGCCAAGCAAGACGAGGUGAAGAUGGAAGGAGUAGACCCUGAUUCACUGUGGGUCCUGGUGCAAUAUGCAUACACAGGCCGCCUUGAGUUGAGGGAGGACACCAUUGAGUCUCUGUUGUCAGCCUCCUGCCUGCUGCAGUUGUCAUCUGUGGUCCAGGCCUGCUGCUCCUUCCUCAUGAAGCAGCUCCACCCCUCCAACUGUCUCGGCAUCCACUCCUAUGCUGAUGCUCAGGGUUGUCAUGACCUGCAAAGGGCCGCUCAUGCCUACACCAUGGAACACUUUCUGGAGGUAGUCGGAGGCCAGGAGUUCCUAUUACUGCCAGUGGAGGAGAUGGAAAGGCUGCUCACAUCUGACGAGAUCAAUGUGCCAGAUGAGGAAACCGUAGUAACCUCUUUGCUAACCUGGGUCAGUCAUGAUGCCCCCACUCGUCAACGCCACCUGCCGUUGCUGCUGGCUCAUAUCAGACUGCCACUGCUGCAGCCACAGUUUUUGGCAGACCUGGAGACCAACUCUCUCCUCCGGGACAGUGUAGAGUGUCAACGGCUCCUGAUGGAAGGGAUGAAGUAUCACCUUUUGCCCCAACGUCGGCCCCUGCUCCAGAGUCCCCGCACCCGGCCCCGCAAAGCCACAGUAGGGGCCAUGUUUGCUGUUGGGGGAAUGGACGCGACAAAAGGGGCCACGAGUAUCGAGCAGUACUGUCUGCGUCGGGACACGUGGAGGCAGGUCGCCACCAUGAGUGGGCGGAGACUGCAGUUUGGUGUAGCUGUCCUCGACGGCCGUCUUUAUGUAGUCGGAGGCCGAGAUGGACUUAAGACCCUCAACACUGUGGAGUGUUACAACCCACACAGCAAAACCUGGAGCGUCAUGCCUCCCAUGUCCACACACAGGCACGGCUUAGGCGUAGCCGUCCUAGAGGGGCCCAUGUAUGCAGUAGGAGGACAUGACGGUUGGAGCUACCUCAGUACAGUGGAAAGAUGGGACCCCCAAGCUCGCCAGUGGAGCUUUGUUGCUAGCAUGGCUACACCCAGAAGCACAGUGGGAGUAGCUGUUCUCAAUGGCAAACUGUAUGCAGUAGGAGGUCGUGAUGGCUCAUCCUGCCUGCGCUCAGUGGAGUGUUUCGACCCCCACACCAACAGGUGGAAUGGUUGUGCUCCGAUGGCUAAAAGGCGUGGAGGUGUGGGUGUGGCCACAUGGCAUGGCUUCCUUUACGCCAUCGGCGGUCACGAUGCUCCAGCCUCAUCCCUGUCGUCUCGGUUAAGUGACUGUGUGGAAAGGUAUGACCCUCAGACAGAUGUGUGGACAGCUGUCGCUCCCAUGAGCAUCAGCAGAGAUGCUGUUGGUGUUUGUCUCCUUGGCGACCGGCUCUACGCUGUGGGUGGAUAUGACGGGCAGGUGUAUCUCAACACUGUGGAAGCUUAUGACCCUCAGACAAAUGAGUGGACACAGGUAGCGCCUCUGUGUCUGGGCCGGGCGGGUGCAUGUGUGGUGGCCGUCAGACUGUGAAAACAAAAAACGCUAACAUUUAUUGGCAGAUUGUGCUCGAUGUGGCUCAGAGACCCCUCCACUUUGUCACCACUGACACUGAAGGGACAUUAACGGAUCCGUCUGCCUACGCCAGGAAACAAGAGACACUUUUCUGGCCUUUUCAGGUUUUGCUCUUCAGCAAUGUUCCGUUUUUCUCUCUAAUCACUCAGAUUUUAGAGAGAGAUUAUCAUUGAAGUACAUGUCAGGUUGCUCUGAUAACUUGUGCCACAGAAGUGAACUGCCAGCAAUACCCACGAUGAAGAGGAAUCUGCAGUGUUUAUCUGAGCACGACAGAACAGCUGUCUCACAGUCUUUUUCUUUUUUUCUUGCCUAUUAUUUAGCUUUUGUAGAAUAGAUGGAGCACACACACACACACACACACACACACAUAUAUAUAUAUAGAUCUACAUGGCUGAUUUGAGCUUCUAUUUCUGCUGACAAGAAUGUGAGAAAGACAGACAAAGAAUGUCAAGACUGCCUCAUCAUUUUAUGCUCUCGGUUUUCCUAACGAUAUCUGAUGGUGUGUACUGAUGCUGUUUUAAAUAUUCCCUAUUAUUUUUAUGCUGCAGUUGGCAAGUGCUCUUCUCCUCUGCUUUCCCACUGUUGCCCACUGACAGAUGAAAGGAAGACUUUUGACAUAAUCAGCACAACCUCAUGAACAGCUAUUCUGUAAGGAACCGUGAGGCGCUUUAUUAUUUUCCGUCAGAAACACACCGUGCUUCAUCUAAUAUUUCUGCGUGUCUGUGUGUCUUCCAUGUUGCAUCAGCUCCCAUCUGAAGCUUCUGUGUACCAUGUUAUGCAAUUUAUUGUCACUUUUUUCAUUUUAUCUUUUUUACACCAGCAUUAUCCAAUUUCUUGCUUUUUUGUUUGUGUAGUUCCGCAUUCUUUUUUUUCUUUUUUUUACACAAUUGCAAUCCAUUAUGCAGUGUUAUUGGACUUACAGCCUGAGUAGUAAUAAUAAUAAUGAUAAUACCAAUAAUGUGGAGCCCUGCAGGGAAAUUUUGCUCACAAUUUCCUCCAGAGCACAAGGUCAGCUAUUUACAGGCUCAGUUGUACACAGGGU